AUGGUUGGAGAUUCUCUUACUCUACACACUGAUACUGAAAUAGAGACAGUUGAUUUAAUAGAUUGGAUGUUUGAUGGUAUAGAUCACAUAGCUCAAAUAAAUGUUGAGGCCAAUAUAUUUUCAGUACGUGAUGUUCUUGAUGGGAGAUUUAAAGGCAGACUGAAGCUAAACAAUGAGACUGGAGAUCUCAUCAUCACAAAGAUCACAACUCAACACACUGGACUUUAUCAACUAGAGAUCCGCUUCAGUGUGAAGAUUAUUAGAAGGACGUUCAGUGUUAGUGUGAUUGAUGUUGAUACAGAUGAGAUGAAUUCAGUGUCAGUGAUGGAUGGAGAUUCUGUUACUUUACUCACCGAUGUUCCUGAUAUUAAGAAAUAUGAUGUGAUACGGUGGAGGUUUCAACAUGAAAACUCUCCUCUAGCUGAACUCAACAGAAAAACAGCUUUCUUCUCUACAUAUGAUGAUGUUCAUGAUGAGAGAUUUAAAGGUGACAUAGAAUGGUUGAGCGGGACUACCAUUAUUCAACAAAGACAAGGUAAAAAUGGUUUUUCAUUCUAUGUCCCCUUUAAAGGAAGACUGCAGCUGAAUGUUCAGACUGGAUCUCUUGACAUCAGAAACAUCAGAAUCGAACACUCUGGACAUUUUGAAGUAGAUCUCAGCAGCAGCAGCAGCAGCAGUUAUACCAUAAAUCAGUCAUUUACUGUUACUGUCAGUGGUAAAGUGAUGACAGUGUCAGUAAUAAAGGGAGAAUCGGUCACUUUAAAGACUAAUACUGAAAUACAGACCUAUGGCAUACAGUGGAUGUUUGCACCUGAUUAUGACGACUCUCGGAUAGCUGAAAUAUAUAAACCAGACUAUAUGUUUGCUUUAUAUGAUGGUCCUGAUGGGAGAUUCAGAGACAGACUGAUACUGAAUGAUCAGACUGGAGAUCUCACUAUCAUAAACAUCACAACUGAACAUGCUGGAGAUUAUGAACUGAAGAUGAGCAACAGGAGACAAUCCAUUCAGAGGAGAUUCAGUGUUCAUGUCAGUGACGGUCUGUCUUCAUAUGGUAUAGCUGGAUUAUGUGUUGGUGUCCUGGUUAUUGUUGCUCUAACAGCUGCUGGUGGGUUUUACUAUCACUACAGGUUCCCUAAAGCAACAAUAUUAAACGUGAGGAAAGGACAUUCUGUCCGUCUUGAGACUGAUGUUGAGAACAUAAAGACAGAUGAUCUGAUCGAGUGGAGGUUUAAACCUGGUGCCUUUCAAAAGACCUUCAUAGCUAAAAUCCAGAAUAACGAGAUAACCGGAGGUGAUGAAAGAUUCAGCAGGAAUGUGCAACUAAACAGUCAGAAUGGAUCUCUUUUCAUCACAGACUUCACAACUGAUCGCUCUGGACUUUAUGAACUAAAACUCUCCAGUGGUGGAAUAACUUCAUACAAGAGAUUCAGACUCAUUGUCAAUAAUGAUUUCAACAUCAGAAAAUAUUUGGCAGAGCCAAACUGGCCUUGGAAAUGGAAACAGCCAGUAUCACAGUAUGAACUAUGAACAUCACAAACACACCAGCAUCUUGUAGCUUACAUGAGCUUUGAAAAAUGUAUACCUACUCAUAAACUUACUUAUAUAUUGAAAUUGAAAAAACACAGUAAAGCAGUCUGAAAUCCACCUGUAUGUGCUAUUGAGUAUAUUAUAGUCUGUAGUUCUUUACUUUGGCAACAUUUAGAUUUCUUUUAAACUUAUGUAACAUUUUGCAUAUCUUUGUGCUUCAUCCCCGAUGUUAAUUUUAGAUUUCCAAUCUGUUUCUAGAUAUAGACAAUAUGUACUGCAUGUAAUAUUUACUGUUUCAAACUCAUUUUUUCAAAGUAUAUUUGAAUAUUAGAUUAAUAUCUGAUGAAAUGUAUGGAUAAUUUAAGUAGAUGUGUGUGCCAUAGCAGUUAAUUUAAUUUAGUCUGAAUGAUAACUCUAAACAUAACAACAGACUUACAAGUGAUGUUCGUGUUUCAAAAACAAAGAAUUUUGGCACCUUUGUGUUUUCAUUUGGGACACAACAUAAACUAAAAUAUUCCCAAAUAUGUCUUUUGGGAUCAAAUAAAUAUAUAUUUUUAUGUGUACUGUAUGUGCUAUAGGUUAUCAUAAACUGAUUAAGUGAAUAAAAUA